ACGUGGCCAGCCUACACAUUUACCAUAAUUCCCCACAACGGUCUCAAAAAGAGUAGGGAUGUAUUGAAGGAUCAGCAUUUUAAUACAGUAUCCUAUGCUGAAGAUGAAACUCAUCAUUUUGAAACUUUUGGACACAGUAUAGUGUACUAUUUCCUUACUUUGUUUAUGGUACAUUGAAUAUUGCACUGUCUUAUCACGUGUGAUAUUUAAGUCAUCUAGACUCAAGACCUGCACGACAAGAAGCAUUCAAACCGCAGUUCGGUGGGUUCUGCACUGUGGCACACAUACGGUUUUCCCUUUAAUCUUCAGCAACGGUGCUCAGGGAUUUGACAUUUCAGCCGCGCCGCCUUUGCUCUCGUCUCGAAUUGGACAGUGGGAGCAACAGAAGCAAGCUGACCUAACAAGAUUCAAAGAAGAGGAUUUGGGAAAACCAGAUUUCCAAAAUGCCCGUGGCAUCAUCCAGCUCGGACUCUGCUAUGCAGCAGGUUCUAGACACUUUGAGUGACAGCACCAGCUCCACCAUGGCCAAUGACCUGGACCUCAUCUUCCUGAAGGGCAUCAUGGAGAGCCCUGUGUUCCCGUCUCCCUGCUACCCGCAGGCCCAUGAGAACCUGGAGGAGUCCAGGCUGGAGGCGGUGAGUGACAACAACAUGGAGCUGGUGCAGGACAUCCUGAAGGAGCUCACUCCCCUCACGCACAGGAGCAAGGCCGCAGACGAACUGGCGUGCAUACUGAAGGAGCCACACUUCCAGUCUCUCAUGGAAACCCAUGAUUCGGUGGCCUCCAAGACCUUUGAGACUCCUCCUCCCAGCCCCUGUUCCUUCAUGGACGCUGCCUUCAACAACCAGCCUGUGCCCCCAGAUGCAGUCAGGAUGGUGGGCAUCCGCAAGGUGUCUGGAGAGCACCUGGGUGUGACAUUUCGGGUGGAGAGCGGAGAGCUGGUGAUCGCCCGCAUCCUUCAUGGCGGGAUGAUCGACCAGCAGGGCCUCCUCUACGUGGGUGACAUUAUCAAGGAGGUGAAUGCAAAAGAGGUGGGCAAUGACCCCAAGGUGCUCCAGCAGAUGCUAAAGGAGGCCAGCGGCAGCGUGGUGCUCAAGAUCCUCCCCAGCUACCAGGAGCCUCACACCCCACGCCAGGCCUAUGUGAAGUGUCACUUUGACUACGACCCGUCCCAUGACAACCUAAUCCCCUGUAAGGAGGCAGGCCUGGGCUUCAGCAGUGGAGACAUCCUGCAGAUCUUCAAUCAGGAGGACCUCAACUGGUGGCAGGCAUGUCACCUGGAGGGGGGCAGUGCAGGCCUCAUCCCCAGCCAGCUCCUGGAGGAGAAGAGGAAGGCUUUUGUCAAGAGAGAUCUGGAGCUGGUUACAACAGGUCCUCUUUGUUCUGGAAUGGGCGGGAAGAAGAAGAAAAAGAUGAUGUAUCUAACGACCAAAAAUGCAGAGUUUGAUCGGCAUGAGCUGAGGAUCUACGAGGAGGUGGCCAAGGUUUCCCCGUUCCGUCGGAAGACGUUGGUUCUGAUUGGAGCACAGGGAGUGGGCCGCCGUAGUCUGAAGAACAAACUGUUGGUGUCAGACCCCCUGCGCUAUGGGACCACCAUCCCCUUUACCUCAAGGAAACCCAAGGUGGAUGAGAAGGAUGCACAGAUGUACUCGUUCAUGACUCGCAGUGAGAUGGAUUUGGACAUUAAGAACGGGCGCUUCCUGGAGCACGGCGAGUAUGACGGGAACCUCUAUGGCACCAAGAUCAACUCCAUCCACGAGGUGGUGGACUCUGGCAAGAUCUGCAUCCUGGAUGUCAACCCACAGGCACUUAAGGUUCUGCGGACGUCAGAGUUCCUUCCCUACGUGGUGUUUAUUGAGGCUCCAGAUUACGAGGUCCUCAAAGCCAUGAAUAAGUCUGCCAAAGAAGCCGGAGUGAUGACCAAACAGUUAACGGACUCAGAGCUGAAGAGGACAGUGGAUGAGAGCGAAAGGAUCCAGCGGGCCUACGGACAUUACUUUGACCUGAACAUCAUCAACGACAGCCUGGAGGGGGCCUUCUGCGGCCUGAAGAUGGCACUGGAGAGACUAGGCGCAGAGCAGCAGUGGGUUCCUGUCAGCUGGGUCUUCUAAAGGCCGGUCAGAGCUAGAGGUCAGGAUGUCAUCAUGAGGAGGUCAGAAUAGGCAUCAAAGGCCUGAGGAGUUGGUACAGGCCGCAGGUAGAGAGGGACCAAUCAGGAGAAAGUAAAUUGUAAAGGGGUGGAGCUUCCCUCCACAGCUUGUGACGUUAUUGGUUGGAGGUCUGUUGUAAGGGGCCAAUCCCGAUGUUCCAGUGCAAGGGGUCUGCCUCAUGGUAGGCUUUUGCACAAAUUAUAUACUCCGCAGACAUGAUGUCAAACUGCAAUUUUUGUUUAAAAAAAGAUGUAAAAAAUAAACAAAUAACCAAAUAUAUAUUGGUAUUUGUUGAGGAGGCUUUAGAGGGGAUUUGAGGUACAGUGCGUAGUGUGUGAGUGAUACGAGUGACAGUAUAUUAUAUAUGUUGAAGUAGGCUUAUAUAUUUUGCAAAUACUGUGCUGGCGGUCUUGGAGUAUAAUGGAUAUUGUUAUACUACCAGGAGUUCCCUGAAAAUGUUUAGCCUUCCCAAAUCUUACAAAAACUAUGUAGUGCAAUGUUUACAUUGAGUGUUUCGUUUCGUGGCCGAUUUAGAAUACAAAGCUACCAACUGUCACACUAUUCUUUAUAUAAAAUUCGGUGUAUUUUGUCAUAUGAGCGUACGAUUGUAAAUAUUUGACAGUUGUCCUGAUGUUACUGUACUUAUUCUUAUUUAUGUUCUCUUUGUUGAAAAAAAGCUAGCAUAGCAAUACAUGAUCUGAGACGAAUACACCAAUUCACGCAUGAAUGCAUACCCACUCACACAAAGACAAACACACAAGCAAUCAACAAUGCAUACAUGUCAAUACGCUCUAUUUUCUCACUCUGAGAAUUGAAUAUUUUAAUGUCAUCUUAAAUUUCUUUGUUCUUUGUUACCAUGUUUAAAAAAAAAAAAUCAAAUGUGUGUUUU